AUGCCCGUUGUCGGUUCGUUGCCCGCGCUGGUGGAUGUAGUCUGUCAACCCGGAAAAAGACACUGCCUGAACCCUCGCCUCGGUUCAUCUCUGUUGGGCGGCUUUUACCAAAGUUUAUUGGGUUUGGGUCAAGACCUGGAUGUUGGUUGCUCUUCGCGGGCAGGCUUCAACUGGGUAUCUAAUUUAAAUGGAAUUUCUGUAGCCGCACAGUUUCUGCCACAUGGCAUAACGCUGCCAGAUCUCGAGGCGUCCCCAGAACUUCCCAGCGAUCAACCUGCCUCUACAGCCAACGGCCCAGCAACAGCUAUUACGGCUGCUGCCGACAAAAAGAUUAAAAUUCCUCGACCCGGAACCUACUGGGCUACAAUACGUUUGAACUUGCGCGACCUGGGACUGUAG